AAAAGGGGUGCCACCUUUGACAACAUUGCAUCGUGAGAAGAGUUCAAGCUGAAGAGGAUGGUCAGCAACAAAGAACUUAAUGCCCAUUCUUACCUCAUCUCUAAAUAAGCAGUGAAUAAACAACGCUGCAAUGAGUUUGGGCAAAGGCCAAGACCCAAAAGCCUCAGUGGCUAUCAAGAAGAGGUCCAGAGUUCCCGGGGUUAUGAUCACUCAAUAUGUUGAGCAACUGCCUUUAGGAAAGUCAACACCUGACUUCACUCGAAAGCCACUGGCUACGACUGUUCAAGAGGGUAAGAAAGGACUUUUCAAAGCUAUGGUUAGUGGAGAUCCAGCACCAACUGUGACAUGGGAGCGUAAAAACGGUGAGGUUACUGACCCAGAAAAGUACAAUACCAGAUUUGAUGAAAGAGCACAAGAGCACAUCCUUGAGGUGCUCAGAGUGACACCAGAUCAAGCUGACACCUAUAAAUGCUUAGUCACCAACGAGUUUGGACAGGCUGUCUGCACUGCUACACUCAAAGUAAUGGAAGCUGGAUUCAAGAAAAGCAACACAGCAAAUGGACAAGAACCGAAUUUCAGAUCUAUGCUCAAGAAAACGUAAGUCAAUCAGCCAGAAAGUGUUUUUUAAUGGACAGUUAAAUAAUUUUUCCUUUUUUUUUCAGUGUUGUAGUCACCAGGAAAAAGCAGCUCCCACCAA